AUGAAUACAUCGUUUGAAUAAAUAAGCAAAUCACCUUUGAAUCAUUCCAUAUCCAAAUAAUUAUAUUCUUUUCCAAAAGCUAAUCGAUUCAAAGAAUUUAAAGAUUCUGCGUUAUUUAUCAUAAUCCUAUUUCUAGAUGUCCAAAUAUUUACACACUCCCUAGUAUGAUGAGUAAACGUGGAGCUGGAAUUGGAUAUGGAUAAAAAUCAGAUUUAAUUUAAGAAAGUAUUACACCAGGUCCUAACAAUUAUUAAAUGAAGACUACUCUUAACAUAAGUAAUGGCUGGACUAUGCCAGUAGGCAGAGAUGUAUACAUCAUUUAAACAUACUAAAGAAAAGUAAUAAAUAUGAAGGUAUCUUUCUUGGUCUCAUUCAAAAAACUCCAGGACCAGGGCAAUAUAAUUUUUAAGAUAAUAAAUCUCCUAUUAAAUAUUCAAUGAGAAUGAGAACUGAAAGUUAGAAAGAUAAAGAUAGAAAACCUGGACCGUAAAUUUAUUAUUUCUAUUAUUAGUGGACAAUACAAUUUGCCUGAAGCAUUAACUGAAAAUGGAAAAUAUAAAAUUAGUAAGUUUAGAGAGUAAUUUAUUUUAUCAAAUUCAUAAGUUCAGGUGCAAUCAUUCUCUCUCCACCUAAAGCAAAAAGUUCUCGUUUCUCACCUGCUCAUGAACUUACUCCAGGACCCGGAUAAUAUCAACACACAGGUGAUAUUGAUCCAAAAGGACUUUAUUAUUGUUCUAAAUUUGUAGAUACAAAAUCUACAGUUUUCACUAAAGCAAAAAGAGAAUUAACUAAAAUCAGAGUUGAAUCACCUGGACCAGGUUAAUAUAAAUUACCAUCAGAAUUUGGGUAUUCUUUUCAUUUUUUAACUUAGUUAUUAUGAAAAACCGAUAAAAUGA